AUGAUGCCAUUUGAGCAUAUGCGUAAUCCAUGGAAAUCAUCCUAUCCUGCAGCGGCACUGUGCGAUGCUGCAACCAAUCCUAAUGCACUCUACAGUGCUCUACUUGCACAUUCUGCCUUCAACUUGGCUCAGUUGGAUGUAGAGAAGAAUCAAAUACAGUCGCUCGCGACCAAAUAUUACCUCCUUGCCAUUCAGCAACUGAGGGCAGGCAUGGAGUGUGGCAAGGGACAAUAUUCAUACACGGUGGCUGUCAUAAUGACGCUGAUGAUGGCUGAAAUCUACAGCGGACAUUCACAAACAUGGAGACAACACCUCAAAGGUGCAUGGGCGCUGCUAUGUCAGGACCACCAGUCGGAGCCCUGA